AUGUCACAGAAUAGUCACUACAGCUGCCUGGGGUACAUCCUGCUCUGGAGCCUGAAGGCUACCCUUGCCUUUCCCAACUCCUCUCCACUGCUGAACCCCAGCUGGGGAAAUGGAGAUCGCCUGAUGCACCUCUACACAGAUACAGAGAGACACAGCUUCCAUCUCCAGAUCAAUGCUGAUGGCUACGUGGAUGGUGUCCCUCACCAAACCAUUUACAGUGCCCUAAUGAUCAAGUCUGAGAGUGCUGGCUCCGUGAUAAUCACUGGUGUGAAGAGUGGACGUUAUCUGUGCAUGGACAUGAAGGGAAACAUAUUUGGUUCGCAUUACUUCAGCCAAGAAGACUGCAUCUUCAACCACAGGACACUGGAAAAUGGAUACGAUGUCUACCAGUCUCCCAAACACCACUUCCUGGUUAGCUUAGGCAGAGUUAAACAAGUUUUCUUGCCCGGUAUGAAUCCACCACCAUACUCACAGUUCUUAUCCAGGAGAAAUGAAAUCCCUUUGUUUCGAUUCAACACACCUGAGCCUCACAGGCACACCAGAAGUGCAGAUACAGACCCAGCGGACCCUCACCAGCUCCUGGUCCCGCAGAGAAAGAUCUCCACCUUUGGAUCUCAGUUGCAAGAGCAAGCAGACUUCUCCCACAUUCCCAGAGAGCCCAUGAGGAUCAACCAGAAUGAUGUAGUCAACCCAGAUGACCCACAUGCUAUGAUGGAUGCCAGGAGGUAUGCAAGUCCUCGCUUCUAUGUCACAAGAUAA